AUGCGCUUUGCCAACAAAGGCUUCGGGUCCUUCGCCUACGCCCUCUUGCUACUAUCGUCAGGUCUUCAGUACGUGCUAGGAGCUUCUGACACACCCUCAGCAUGGCCUAUUCAGGGCAACGAUCUCCAAGACCAAAUCCAAUGGGACCACUACAGCAUCAUCAUCAAUGGCGAACGCCUGUUCCUUUUUGGCGGCGAGAUGCAUCCCUUCCGACUACCGGUUCCUGAACUAUGGCAAGAAAUCUUGGAAAAGGUCAAGGCCAUGGGCAUGCGCAUGAUCUCCAUAUACACCCACUGGGGUUUCCACGCCCCGACACCCGACCAAACCGACUUUAGCACUGGCGCACACAACUUGACCCGCUUCUUCGAGAUGGCCAAGGAAGUCGGUCUGUACGUCCUUGUACGACCAGGUCCGUAUAUCAAUGGCGAGCUGAACGCCGGAGGUUUGGCGCUUUGGUCUACCACAGGUGCCUACGGAGAGUUACGCUCUAAUGGGUCGGCCUUUACCAAAGCCUGGACUCCGUACCAGACGGGCAUGGCAAAGCUCGUCAAGCCGUUUCAGCUCACUGACGGUGGUACGGUUAUUAUGUACCAGCUUGAGAACGAAUACGGUGAACAAUGGAAGAAUGUGGACGCCAAGAUACCCAACCCAAAGGCCGUGUCCUACAUGGAAAAGCUGAAGGAGAAUGCCAUCGACAAUGGUGUUGUGGUGCCGAGUGUACACAAUGCUCCUAACGCCAAUGGCCGUCCGUGGUCGAAAGACUAUGACACUGUUGGCGCUGGAGGAGAUGUGGAUAUCUACGGUCUGGACAGCUAUCCACAAUGCUGGUCCUGCGUUACAGAAGAAUGCGGAAACAACAUCCUACCAUUUGCCGUGUCCAACUACCACGAUCACUUCCAGCUUGUCUCCCCGAACCAGCCCUCCUUCAUGCCCGAGUUUCAGGGAGGAGCUAUGAGCCCCUGGCUGAGCCCAGCAGGAGGAUGUGCCGAACGCACUGGAACCGAGUUUGUCAACUUCUACUACCGCGACAACAUCGCCCAGCGCAUCACAAUUCUCAAUUUAUACAUGAUUUACGGUGGCACGAACUGGGGAUGGCUGGCGGCUCCCUUCUUGGGUAGCAGCUACGACUACGGUGCUGCUAUUUCCGAAGACCGCAACAUUGGCAGCAAAUACUACGAGAUCAAGAACCUGGGUUUGUUCACUCGUGCUGCUGAUGAGCUUGCCUAUACGGACCGUGUUGGUACCGGCACUAACUACACCAACAACACGAACAUCUUCACCACUGAGCUCAAAAACCCCAAGACUGGUGCUCGCUUCUAUGUUCUUCGUCAUGCUACUACGUCUUCUAACUCUCCCGAGACAUUUGCCAUCAACGUGACAACCAGCCUGGGAAGCUUUUACGUUCCGAGAAUUGCACCCUGCCCCAAGCUCCUUGGUCACGAGGGCAAAAUUUUCGUUGCCGACUUCCACUUCGGCGAGCAUACGCUUUUCUACACAACAACAGAGAUCUUGACCUACAGUGUCAUUGAAGAAAAGACGACGCUGGUGUUAUGGACUCCCAUCGGUAUCUCCGGGGAGUUUUAUCUCAAGGGCGCCAAGAAGGGCACGCUAGCUUCCAGCAGCAAAAAUCAGACGGCUGUCUUCGACAAGCGGGAUAAUGGUGUGGUGGUUGGAUUUACCCAGCGUGAAGGUGCAACUGUGUUGGAGUUCGAUAACGAUGUCAGGGUUGUGCUUGUCGAUCGUGAUACAGCGUACAAAACUUGGGUUCCUGCUUUGACCAAGGAUCCAAAGGUGCCUGUGGAUAAGACUGCCAUUGUCGUCGGGCCACGCCUUGUUCGCUCAGCGAGCGUGCAAGGGAACACCAUCUCUGUCAAUGGAGACUGCAACAUUACGACUGAUAUUGAGGUGUUCACAUCUAGCCAUGUCUCAACCAUCAAGUGGAACGGCAAGCAACUUCGGACCACGAAAACCAACUAUGGCACACUCAAGGCAUCCCUCCAAGCUCCGGCAAAGUUCUCGGUCCCCAAGUUUGCAUCAUGGAAGUCUCAAGACAGCCUUCCUGAAACGGCCGUGGGCUACUCUGAUGACGGCCCGGCUUGGGUUAUCGCCAACCACACCACAACACCUAGCGCCACCAAGGGUACCGUACCUUACCUCUUUUCGGACGAGUAUGGCUUCCACACAGGCAUCAAGCUUUGGCGCGGUCAUUUCUCUGGUGAGUCCGGAGCCACAGGUGUCUACCUCAACAUUCAAGGAGGAACCGCACACAGCUGGUCUGCCUUCCUUAACGGCAAGUUUCUAGGCUCUAAUACAGGUGACCCAACAGUGGCCGCCAGCAACGCCACCCUCUCCUUUGCCAACGCACCCAUAUUUACCAACCAAACCAACGUCCUUCUCGUAGCGCAUGACGACACAGGCCACGAUCAACUUUCCGCAGCCCUCAAUCCACGCGGAAUCCUCAACGCCACCCUUUUGAGCUCCAACUCCAGCACUACCCCCAAGUUCAACCUCUGGAAAUUAGCCGGAACAGCAGGCGGCUCCGAUUCCAGCCGCAGUACCCUCGACCCUCUCCGCACUCACUACAACGAAGGCGGUCUCUCCGCCGAACGUCUAGGCUGGCACCUCCCGAGCUUCGACGAUUCCCAUUGGUCCAGCCCAUCAACCACCUCCCCGGCGCAAGGCUUCACCGGCGCCACCAUCCGCUUCUACCGUACUUCUCUUCCUCUUGACGUCCCCAAGGGGGUAGAUGCAUCUUUCGCAUUCAAAUUCACGCCCGUUGACACUUCCAACCUGAACUAUCGCGCAUUCUUGUACGUCAACGGGUAUCAGUACGGGCGGUAUUACCCUUCUAUUGCGUCUGAGAACGUGUUUCCUGUCCCCGCCGGCGUAUUGAAUCAUGGUGGGGAUAAUGUCAUUGGUCUCGCGGUAUGGGCGCAGACGGAAAAGGGAGCAAAGGUAGAUAUUGAGUUGGUCACUAGGUACGCGAUCGAAUCGUCUUUUGAGAGCAGAUUUGAUGGAGAAUAUUUGCAGCCGGGGUGGACUAAGGAGAGGUUGGAUUAUGCCUGA